UUCUUCAGGCAAAAUUCCAUUAAAAUCCCCCAAAGUGGAGUUUUUGUUAGAGUGGACUCUUUAGUGUAGUUGGAUAACUUUAGUUUCUUAUGAUAAGUGGUCGUGGGUUCGAACCCUUUUGGUGAAAAUUUUUUUAUUUUUUGAAAAAACGUCUUUCUAUUAUUAAAAUUGAUUUUUUGACUAAAAAAUAGUGUCACAUGAAAAUUUUACUUUUCAGCAAAAAAAGUUUUGAAAUCGCCUUUGUUUGUGUGUUCAGCCGAAUGGAACAUGAAAACUAACCACUCUACACAUUUAAAGGCAAGCCUGUUUUGGUUCGCGAAACACGUAAAAGAAGGGAGGGGAUGGGACGGCCGCCUUUGCAGCGCAAAUUGGGCUCAUUCAUUUCACCUUCACUUAUUUGAAUUUGUUUUUUCUUGUUUUGCCUACGUUCGAAUAUUAUUGCUUGACAGCUUAUUUGUCAUCUUUUCUGUGCGCCAAAAGGCUUGGUUAGGUCAGGUUAUUUUUUAACUUAAUUUUUGCCGUUUAAGUCGGGGCUUGUGUUGUUUCCCUCCCUCACCCAAUUUUUUCCUUGAUUUACAAAAUGAUCAGUCACUGCUUCAUUGAUGACCUGUGGCAUCAUUGUGUAAGGAAAAAAUGACUGACCAUUUUGUAGAACAAGGAAAAAAUUGGGUGGGGGAGGGAGGAACGACAUAAGCACCUUUAGGUUUGCCGAUUAACUCGGCGCUUGUGUCGUUUCCCUCCCUCAUCUGGGUCGUUUUUCCCCUCAUCUAUCCAAGGCCUUUAGUUUUUUGUUUUGCUUACGUUCCCUUGUUUUGCUAAACUUUUUCCUUCCAAUUCUUUUUUGUAAAUAGUUAUAGGUAACGCAAAACCCCUUUUGCGCACUCCCCUUUUCUCCCCAAUGCCGUCUUUUUAUUUUUUAGGUGGCAUGCAUUUUAUAUAUCUACGUGUAAGUCUCACCCAUUUAUUUUUCUUUCCACUUACCACCAAUAAGGACAUGCCUAGUAAAAAAAGAAAAAAUUUUUUUCCCUCAUCUAUCCAAGGGCACUCGUUUCAUUUUACUUUUUUUUGUCACCCACAAAUAUUUCCCGCAAUAAAUCCCUAAAGAGAAAAAUAAAAAAUGAAACGGAAAUGAAAGAGGACAUUUGACACAAACAAUAACAGAAUAGUAGUAAAAUUGUAGGAAAAAAAUAAAAUUUUUGGAAUUUUUUAGAUUUUUAGAUUUUUGAAUAAGUUUAGCAAAACAAGGGUAAAAUUGUCGUUUAUGGACCCCUUUUUUCUUC